GCAGGGCAAAUCUGGAGAAAUUACAAAGGGGAGGAGUUCACCUUCCUGCUAUGGCUUUCAGGUCUGUCCUGGACUACUUACUCCAGUAUAAAACUGAGAGCAGAAAUAUGAUCACAUCCUGAGGAGUCUAAUCAAUCCUGGUUUCAACACUGAGCCUAUUUAAACUAGAGAAUGGAAUUGCUGCUCCUCGCUGUGUUCUGCCUGCACAUUCUCAAGACAGAGGCAGUAGUGGGCCACUGGUGCUAUCAGUCCCAGAAGUGUGAGCUGCCAGAGUGUAAAGGUCCUGCCCAGUGGCAUCAGAUAUACCAGGACUGCAAAGAGGACAGACAGUCCCCUGUCAACAUUGUCACCCGAAAUGUGGUGUAUGACAAGAGCCUCCAGCCCCUGACUUUUGAAGGGUACGAUGUGAAGGGCUCUGCCAAGUGGGACCUGGAAAAUAAUGGCCACACAGUGAAAGUGGCACUAGACACAACUCCUAAAAUCGGAGGAGGAGGCCUGGAGAGAAAAUACAAGGCAGUAGAAUUCCAUUUCCACUGGGGAGUCCUGGGUGAGCCACAAAUCAUCCCUGGCUCGGAGCACAGCAUAGAUGGAGAGAAAUACCCCAUGGAGUUUCAUAUCGUCCACAUAAGAGAAGAUGUUUCAGAUGUGGCAGAAGCCAAGACAAAACCAGACGGUUUGGCUGUGUUGGCCUUCUUUGUAAAGGUUGACGAAGAAAACAAAAACUAUAAAACUCUAUUGAGUGAAUUAAAGAAUAUCAAAUACAAAGGGCAAUUAGCAAAGGUGGAUCCUUUGCCACUGAGCUCUCUCCUCCCACCUGAGGAAGACCUUGGGAGGUACUAUCGCUAUCAGGGGUCCCUCACCACCCCUGACUGCUACCGGGGUGUCAUCUGGACCGUCUUUGAGACGCCAGUUCAGCUCAGCCAGGUCCAGCUGUCCCAGUUCGCAGCACUGCACUUUGAUGGGAAGAACUCCACUCCCAUGGUGGAGAAUUUCCGGCCAGUGCAGCCCCUGAAGGACCGCAAGGUGCUCUGGUCGGGGGCCAGCAUCGCCCUGCCCACGGCACAGCUGCUGCUGCUGGCCCUGGCUCUGACCUGCACCCUCAGCUCUCUGUCCCACUGAGCCCUUCCCACCUCAUUCUACGUCCUGGGUCUUAAUUUCUUGUUAUUUUUGCUGUUCUUUGUCUCAGCCUCUCAUGAAUUGUGUCCCAAUACAGAAUAGCCUUGUCCUCCUCCAGACAUUAACCAAGGGCUUCUGUGCUGCUCUGGUGAAACCCAAACCACCAGAACUCAAAGGAACUGGGAGAUAAAGCAAUGAAAAUUCGAUUUUAAAAGGCAGUUUGCUCAGAGAAAGCAUUAGUCUGGAUUACGCUGUGGUUUUAAGCCAGCACUGGAAGGAGCUGCACAGAGAACCUCGGAGAGGAAUCUGUUCCUAAGUGCCUGUGAAGGGGUUGGUUUGGAGCACGUUUACAUCGAACACUGCAAAUCCGGCAGUGAAAUGUGGAGUAAUUCCCACAACCCCACUCUGUCCUGCCUGAAGGUACCACACAGAGCAGAGAUCAAAUGCUCACACACAGCCCAGCAGCACCUGGCUCAUCCCCUCCAGGGAAGGGCACUCACCCAACACAUAAAUCCCCCUCCUUGCUCCAGAAUAUCUCAGUUAAUUUCAGAUAAGGACACUGGAUUCCUUCCACCCGGUCUCCUGCUGGGGCUAUCGGGCUCCUCUGUUAUUUAUUCAUCCCUCUCUGGGAUGCCGUGGCCGAUGUGAUGUGCUGGGGAGCAGCAGGGAGGCUCAUCCCCACUGACCAGAGGCACAUCUGUGGGAAUUCCCUCUCUUUGGAGGGCUGCUUCUGAAGCACGAGACUCUGAUCAUCCUUUGUAGUUGUUAUUUGCCUAAUAAAAUAGGACAGCUCAAGAAAUGGCUCUUUCUUACAAAUAAAUAUAUAAAUAUAUAUAUAUUUCUUUUAUAUAUGUAAUUUUUUUAUAGUAGCAUACCUGCAAUAUUCACAGAUGGUCAAGAUUCAUAGUUUUUUCCAAGAUUGUGGUUUGAACCAAUUCCUGCAGCUCUUACCCAAUCACUUAUAGAAAAUACGUUGGGAAAUGGGGUUUCCUUGUAUUAUUCUAGUUCUCCCUUUGAAGAGGGAGAUAAUAUUUCUCUUUGGCUAGUGCCAUAUAACAUGUUACAGCUUCUUUUAGGAUUUUAGAUUUUGGCCACACCAAAAUAGGAUUUCAUAUUAGCAGAUUUGUAUUUUUUUUUCCUUUAAGGGCAAUGUUUGCAGACAUGACUUUAUAUAUUUUCAGGAAAAUCCUGGCAGUGAGAGCAACCACAGCUCACCAAAAGCAGGGAAAUUAUUUUCAUAUUAAUCAAUCAGUAAAGCUUUAAAAAAGGGAAAGCAAAUGAACCUAUUUAAGUUUAAAGGAAAGAUUAAUACUUUAACUGUAUUUUUAUGUAACUGAAAAUCUUUGGAGGAGCAAACAGAAAUGAAAUAUUAAAGGUGAACAACAGACCUACA